AUGGACCUGGUAAUAUUGAAGGUAAACGGUCAAGAUGUUACAAAUUCUAGUCAUGAGGAUACUUUAAAAAUUUUUAAAACCGCACAAGAACCAAUUCUCAUAGAAGUAAUACGUAUGCAGCCCAAUAAAUGUAAAAAUUCAGAUAGCAAUGAUGUAUCAAUAAAUACAAUAGUCAACCAUCCGCAGCAGCAGCAGCAGGUAACAAGUACCAAGAAAUUAUCUCCGAUAGCAACAAGUUGUACAUCAACUGGAGUGCAGACAGAUUUAGCAGGGUUUAUAAAUGUUGAUGAUGACGAUUAUUUUUAUAAUUAUUUUGUUUACGAGGACGACGUCGAUGUUAACUACGAGAUAGCGCAAGAACAAGAUGAGGACGAGCUUGACGUAGAUGACAGAGAAGCAGUAGAAAUAAAUGACUAUUUAUCAAAUGCGAAUGAAGAUUAUCAUCAACUGGAGUCUUAUAAACCAGAGGAUGGGGACGGUGGUGGUGCUGAUGACGUUUAUCUUGAAGAAAUAACCCUAAGGAAGAGCAAGAGCACUGAAAAUCUUGGUCUAACAGUAUCGUAUAACUAUGACAUUACUUCUGACCGCAACAAUCCAACGGACAUAACCGCUGUCGCCUAUAUUUCCGAAAUAGCUCGCGAUAGUUUAGCUGCACGAGACGGUCGCUUGAAGGAAGGGGAUCAAAUUCUCCGGAUAAAUGGUCGUGAUAUUGUAAAUAAGGAACAAAUUGAUAAGAUUUUUUCACAAACGCAGAAUAAUAUUGUUAAUAUUCUCAUCAGCCGGUGUGUUGGUCAAAAUACACCGCCACCCGCACCGCCAUCCUCUUCUAUAUCGUCGUCGUUGAAUAAUAUCGAUGACCCAUCAGUUGCAGGAGAAGCAGAUGAACACAGUCCGGCUUAUCAGAACAGCAUGAUCGAAUUAUUGAUGCGACAACAGAAGCAAUUUGAAAAUUCAAAAAAAAGUCUUCCAAAUGAAACAAAUGAUGAUAACAGUGAUAAUAAAAUAUUAAUUCCACCUCAAGUGCCAUUUCAUAAUAAUUUACCAUUAUCAACGUCAUCAUUGUCAUCAGCAACACCAAAAAAUCCCAACAAGCCAUUUAAUAAAACAGCUCAGCACCAUAGUUUAACAAGUAAUUUUAAAGAAUUAAAAGAACUUAAGAAGUUUGAAGAUUUGUCUAUCAAUAAGAAGUCAGUAACUGGCUUAGUGACAUCAGUAGCAGUAGCAGCUGCUGCGGCGGCUUGUAAUAGUGACACUGAACAUAUUUAUGAAACAAUUCCAGAGAGUGACAGCGAGCCGAUUUAUUCCUCACCGUAUGAGAGUCAAUACAUGCCACGAGCAUACGACUUGAAUCAACAGCAGCAUAAUCAGACAAAGUUGUCGACCAAGAACAGCAGCAGUUCCAUUGAAGAAAAAGACAGCUCGAGCGCUUAUAACACAGGCGGUGAAUCUUGUAACAGUAAUCCGCUGCUGCUGGAGCUCUACAGAAGCGAUCGCGAUGGUGAUGAGGGAACUAUGGUACUCAAUUCAUUUGAUGUUGGAUCUACAUCGACUGUGAUAAAGUCUCCGGGUACUCCAAUGUCUACGCCAAUGAAUUGUCGAGUUAAGUCUUUGGAUGUGACGCCAGUUACGAGGUCUAACUCAUCUUCUUCAUCAUUGUCAAUAGUUACAUCGCCUCGUCAACCAAUCCCGAAGAGUCUGCUGAGUCAGGAAGAUAAGAAAUUGUUAUCCGAAGCACAUCAUCAUCAGCAGCAGCAACAGCAACAACAACAACAACAACAACAGCAGCAGCAGCAACAGUGUCAUCACAACCAUUAUAAUUAUCGUCAUCAAUACUAUCAUCAUCAUCAUCAUUACCAUAAUUAUCACAACAAACCGGUAUUGAACCAAAACUGCCCGUCAAUGCAAGAAGAUAAUCGUGACUUAGUUGGUACUAAUAAUCGUGAUGAUAUUUUGUAUACGAAUAUUGAUAAUGAUAGUAGUAAGCAUACGACAAUGAUAUUACAACAGCAAAUUUUUACUCAAGCACUUAAUCGUAAAAAUUUUAUAACCAAUCGUAAUGCCUGCGAGGGUGAAAAAGACAUAAGAAUUAAGAAUUCAAAGUCGCAUGGAAAAUUUCAAGCACCUAAUUUAACUCAGUAUCAUUUUAUUGGCAGUAGUCAGCAAAUGCAGCGUAAUACUGCAAAUGAGGAUAACACUGGUGGCAAAUGCGACCCACGGAUGGAGUGGAAGGUUAAGCGUAGACCUGAUGGGACUCGUUAUAUUGCAAGACGUUCUGUUAGGAAUCGCUUGUUAGGUAAUCGUACUCUUGAGAUUUUUGAAGAGCGUGCUGGUCAAACCACUGAAGAUGAUACAGUCUCUGAAAUUAAGCUUGGACGUUAUUGGAGUAAAGAUGAAAGAAAAAGGCACAUUGAGCAUGCGAGACAACGAAAGCUAAAACAUCAAGCAGCUAUGCUACCACCAACCCCACCAACUACUCUAGUAUCUCAGCAACAUUUGAAACGGCGUGAUUUUAAUUUUGAGCAUCGUUCUGAUGAUCCCGUUGCAACAGCAGCAGCUUCAACCAAAGAAUUAUCUAAAAAGUUAAUUCAAGAUGCAGUAAUGACUCAUGUUAACAGAAUUGAAGAUAAUCAUGACGAUGACGAUGGUAUUGGUGGUGGAGGUAAUGCCGCUGGGGAGGACGAUGAACUUACGAUAAAUGGAAAAUUAAAAGGCUUAUUAUCCGUAACUACUGUCUAA